GAAGAUAAUAAAUUAAAGCCUGAACCCUCAAAGGAUUCAGGGCCGCUGACGUCGCGGUCCGACACCCCAACACUGCUGAGGCCUCAGAGGGUGGAGCCUGUCAGACUGACUCCUCCUCCUCCGCCUGUCGACCAAAACACCACUGGAAACCCGAUUGUUGUCGACGACGCUCUGCAGCGAGUCCUUAGCAACGACCCUGAACUCACAGAGGUUAACCUCAAUAAUAUUGAUGACAUCUCACAGGAAACUCUCAUCCGAUUUGCUGAAGCAUUGAGGCCCAACACACACGUGAGAGUCUUUAGCCUCGCCAACACCCGAGCCGACGACCCCGUGGCUCUAGCCAUCGCUAAGAUGCUGAGGGAGAACUCGUCCAUCACCAGCCUGAAUAUAGAGUCCAACUACGUGACUGGGAAGGGCGUGAUGGCGCUGGUUCAAGCUCUCCCAGGAAACAAUACUCUGACUGAGCUUCGGUUCCACAACCAGAGACACAUGUGCGGAGGACAGGUAGAAAUGGAGAUGGUGAAGAUUCUGAGGGAAAACCACACUCUGAUCAAACUGGGCUACCAGUUCAACCUUCCUGGUCCCAGAAUGAGCAUGACCGGGAUCCUCACCAGGAACCAAGACCGCCAGAGACAGAAACGUCUGCAGGAGCAGCGGCAGCAGCAACAGCAGGGCCAAAAGGGGGCGCAAGAUGGAGCAGUUUACCCAAGAACUACCGCACUGCGAGGAACACCUGUUUCCUCACCGUACAGCUCACCUUGGUCCUCGCCCAAACUGCCCCGAAGCGACCUGGCUAAAAAACAGACUCCCCCUGCUCCACCUCCUCCUCCACCUCCACCGCCGCCGCCUCCACCUCCCCCACCACCGCCGCCUCCUCCCCCGCAGCGGGAGACCAAGAAGCCCACGAGGAUGAUCGCGGAGGUCAUCAAGGCGCACGAAGCGGGCAGCAAAAAGGUGGUGAAAACGAAAGGGAAGAAGGGCAAGAAGGCCAAGGCGAAGGAGAAAGAGGAGACGAGCAGCAUCCUGAAGGAGCUGAAGAACGCCCUGAGGCCGGUGUCGGUGGACAGGAGGGGGGAGGAGGGCAGCAGGCCGUCCACGCCGAUGAGGUCAGCCCACGAUCAGCUGAUGGAGUCCAUCCGCGGUAGCAGCAUCCGCAGCCUGAGACGGGUGGAAGUCCCGCAUCAUCUCCGAUAAUACCAGGAGAAAUGAAAGAGAUCAUCUCGUUAUCAAGCUAAAAGGUGGAAUUAACGAUGGAGUGACCAACAGUGACGAAACCACUCAAGCGCCAAAGGUGACAACGUGGGUUUUCUGAGGAGGCAACCCUGAAUUCUUACGCAUAAAUAAAAUGUUUAAAAUAUAUACUGGAAAUUUGCACUGCAGUAACGACAGCUUUACAUUUUAAUAACGUGUCAGAUUUUUUGUACUCACGAUAGAAAAACGGUAUGUUGAUUUUGAAACGAGUUUGUUUACGUUUUCUAAAUCGCUGUUUUCUUGUAAAAUUGUAAAUACGACCUUGUUGUUGUUGGUUGAGCUACUGUAUGUUUUAAUGUCUAAAUAUAGCCAUUUGCUGUUUACAAUACUG